CGAGCGGGAGGAGGUCCCCGCGAGCACGCCGCCAUGCCCGGGGUGGACAAGGAGAGCGCUCCGGCGUGGGCGCACGCGGUCGCGGGCCAAAUAGCUGGGAUGGUCGGCCUGACCGUCGUGCACCCCAUAGACACGGUGAAGAGCCGGGUGCAGACGAACGCGGGGACGUCCGCGAUGGGCGUCGCCUCGUCGCUCGUUCGAAGAGACGGACCGCUCGCGCUGUACCGAGGCAUAGGCGCGCCGAUGGUCGCGUACGGCGUCAUCAACGCCGUCGCGUUCUCGACGAACACGACGGUGUUGAGGUACCUGCGCGAGGGAGGAGGAGGGGGCGGCGGCGGCGGCAGCCCCGGCCCCGGCGCCGGCGCCGGCGGAGGACGGGGAGGAAACGCGGUCGCGGAGACGAAGGCGUUGGUGUCGAACCCGUGGAUCGCGGGCCUGAUCGCCGGCGGCGCCGCGGGGCUGACGAGCUCGUUCGUCAGAGGUCCCGCGGAGAGGGUGAAGACCGUGCAGCAAGUCGCGGAGUCGAGCUGCGGGACCGGGAAGGUCCCCGAGAAGUUCCGAGGGACGAUGCGCACGGCGGCGACGUUGGCGCGAGAGCACGGCGCGUGGAGAGGGCUAUUCACCGGCACGGGCGCGACGAUCGCGCGAGAGGUCCCGCAGUGCGCGGUGUACUUUUUGACGUACGACUCCAUACGACGCGCGUGCGACACCGCGGUCGGCGCGGAGUACGAGACCGCAGGGAUCGUCCUCGCCGGAGGGAUGGCCGGGGUGACGCAAUGGACGCUGACGUACCCGCUGGACGUCGUGAAGUCGAGGAUACAAGCUUUCCCGCCGGGGACGUACGGCGGGAUGGCAGACUGCGCGAUGCAGAGCCUGAGAGCGGAGGGGGCGCUCGUUUUCUUCCGCGGGAUCGAGACCGCGUUGUUGCGGGCGUUUCCGCUGCACGCGUCGAUAUUUUUGACGUGCGAGACGAUACACGCCGCGCUCGCGUGGGUUCGCGAGGAAGAGAGAAAGGAGCGCGCGUGGUCGGAGAAGAACGAGGGAACGGGGGGUAACGAUAGAUAA